CAAGUCGUUUUCCCUGAACCUUCUUCUUCCCUGCGGACCUGCCUCCCAAACCCUCCAAUGGCGGGUCCCAAAAUGGUCCCGAGCUCAACCAGCUAUUCUGUUCUGAACCCUCUAUAGUCAACAAUAACUACAAAAUGGUUUUGGAAUUUCUUCCACAUUUUCGAAACUAAGAAAUAGUAGCUCUGGAGUCUGGACUCUGGACCGAAAAAAGGGAAGGAAAAAAAACACUAGGGGUUCAGUUACAGAGCUUUCAUGGUGUUUUCUGUUAUCAUGUUCCAAUCUCUGUAAAGAUUCUGAGCAUCACAAUCAAACUAGAAUAUAUUUGAAAACAGCUGAUUCUUUUGAUUUCAUGGGGGUGGUGCUCUCUCUUUCUCUGAGUCUGGGGUUUUUGAUGGGUUUCUCCAGUGGGCUUCGCGUUCUCUGUAGCAGGAAGUUUCAGUCACUGUGUCUCAUAGAGUGUUAGGAUUUCCCACUUGGAAUAUAGAACUGGGUUCUGGGACUGUGAUCAUCAGAACUGGUGUAUUUAAAGUUAGGGGAUCGAAAUUUUGGAUCUUGGUGGAUUGGUUGGGUUAGACUAUAGUGAAUAUGAAAUCAGUGAGUUGGGUGCCAUUGGUUUUGGCUAGUGUUAUGUUUUUGUCUAAUGGAGCCUCUAGUUUAUUUGAAUCUGUUGAUAAUUACUUGAUUGCUUGUGGUUCUUCGAAAAAUGUCACCUUCCAAGGCCGAACCUUUGUUCCUGAUACACUGCAAUCUUCCCUUGUACUGAAAAGUGCAAAUUCUUUAGUAGCUAGCUCCAGUUCCAUUGCCCCUUCUCCUAUCUACCAAUCUGCUCGAAUUUUCAAGGAAACAUCUUCCUAUAAGUUCAAAAUCCAGCAAGAAGGCCGACAUUGGGUCCGCCUUUAUUUCUACCCAUUAGCAAACUCGGGCCAAAACUUGAAGACUGCUCCGAUAACCAUGGUCACUGAUAACUUUGUUCUCUUGAACAACUUCACUUUUGAGAGCUAUAAUGGUUCUUAUUUGUUCAAGGAGUAUGCAAUCAAUGUUACUUCAGAUAGUUUGAUCCUCACCAUCAUUCCUUCAAACAGUUCAGUUGCUUUUGUUAAUGCAAUUGAAGUGGUCUCAAUCCCGGAUGAACUAAUCCCUGAUCAGGCUUAUGGUGUGAAUCCAUCUGCUCCUUUUAGUGGCCUUUCUGCACUUGGUCUUCAAACAAUGUAUCGAUUAAACAUGGGGGGUCCUUUACUCACUGCUGACAAUGAUACCCUCAAGAGAACUUGGGAGAAUGAUGCGAAAUAUCUUCAUGUCGAUAGCUCUGCAGUGAACGUAUCAAUUAACCCUGCUAGCGUGAAGUAUCCGGUGGCUGUCACACCAGAGAUAGCACCAAACUGGGUCUAUGCCACUGCUGAGGCCAUGGGAGAUGCAAAUGUGCCAAAUGGGAACUUCAACAUAACUUGGGUGUUUCCAGCAGACCCAAAUUAUUUAUAUCUUGUUCGGGUUCAUUUCUGUGAUAUUGUCAGCAAGUCACUGAAUAACCUAGUUUUUAAUGUUUUCAUCAAUUCGGACAAUGUGCUCUCAAGUCUCGACCUCUCCUCUAUUACUGGUGACUUGAAUGUGCCAUAUUACAAAGACUUUGUUGCCAACUCGUCAGCUGAUUCAAAUAUGUUGACAGUCAGUGUUGGUCCAGAUUCAAUGGCUGAUGUCACUAAUGCAAUUCUGAAUGGCUUGGAGAUUUUGAAGAUCAGCAAUGACUUGGGGAGCUUGGAUGGGUCCUUGUCUGUCCAGAGUCUCCUUCGCAAUUUACCUUCGAAGAGUUAUAACAAAGUAAUUAUUGUUGGGUGUGUUGUUGGAGCUGUAGCUCUUGUGGCAACUGUUACUGUCAUUUGUUGCUGCUUGGCAUCUUGCAAGUCGAAGACUACUCCUAACCAAGAUGGAGACUCUCAAAAUAGUGGAACAACUAGCUGCAUCUCCCCCAAUCGUUGCCGCAUAUUCAGGUUUCAAGAGAUCCUAGAUGCAACCAACAAAUUUGAUGAGAGUCUACUUCUUGGGGUUGGCGGUUUUGGCAGGGUUUACAAGGGAACACUAGAAGAUGGGACAAAAGUAGCUGUCAAAAGAGGAAAUACCAGAUCAGAGCAAGGUCUUAUUGAAUUCCUAACUGAGAUUAAAAUGUUAUCAAAGCUUCGUCACUGCCACCUUGUGUCACUUAUUGGCUAUUGUGAUGAGAGGACAGAGAUGAUUCUUGUGUAUGAAUACAUGGCUAAUGGACCGCUCCGCAGCCAUUUGUAUGGAACAGAUUUGCCAACCCUGUCAUGGAAGCAACGCCUUGAAAUUUGCAUCGGGGCUGCAAGGGGACUCCAUUAUCUUCACACUGGUGCAGCUCAAAGUAUAAUUCACCGAGAUGUGAAGACAACAAACAUUCUCUUAGAUGAGAACUUUGUAGCCAAAGUUGCAGAUUUUGGCCUCUCAAAAGCCGGUCCAGCUAUUGAUCAGACUCAUGUCAGUACGGCUGUUAAGGGUAGUUUUGGUUACCUUGAUCCUGAAUACUUUAGAAGGCAGCAGCUCACUGAAAAAUCAGAUGUGUAUUCUUUUGGUGUAGUUCUAAUGGAAGUUGUUUGCACUAGACCAGCUCUGAACCCGGUUCUUCCCAGAGAGCAAGUGAACAUAGCAGAAUGGGGUUUGACCUGGCAAAAGAAGGGCAUGCUGGACCAAAUCAUGGACUCGAACCUGGCUGGGAAGGUAAAUCCAGCUUCCCUGAAGAAGUUUGGUGAGACAGCUGAGAAGUGCCUUGCCGAAUAUGGUGCUGAUAGGCCAUCAAUGGGGGAUGUCUUGUGGAAUCUUGAAUAUGCUCUUCAGCUUGAGCAUACUUCGUCUGUUCUAAUGGAACCUGAAGAUAACAGCACAAACCACAUAAGAGACAUUGAGUUGACAACACUUGAGCCAUUUGAAAACAGUGUGAGUAUGAUUGAGAGAGGGCGCUCUGGCACUGAUGAUGACGUUGAAGAUGCUCCUACAAGUGCUGUAUUCUCUCAGCUAGUGAACCCUCCUGGAAGGUGAGGAAGACAGAUGCUUUACCUAUUAUAGUUGGUCUACUAUGUCCCAUUGAAGGAGAUAUGGGUCAUCUUGGCCUUGAGAUUGCUCGGUGAGGGAUAAGGUUAUUCUUGGUUCAUUAUACUAGUUUGUUACCUCAAUAUUUUGUCAACUAAUUUCUUUGUAUAUUAGUUGUGGUGGAUGUCAUUUAGUCCUCCAUCAAUUGUGUUCAUUCCUCUUUUUAUAACUCAAGUAACGGUUAAAGUUUUCUCGGUUGCAA